AUUGCGUAUAAUUUAUUCAGUAAACAUUUUUAUAUAUACUACUUAAUAUACAUAUAUAACUAGUUUAUAUAAUAAAUAAUAAUAUAAUGGAUGCAGCAGAAGGUUUACAUGAUUCUUCAAACAAAGUCGCCUUAGUAGAAAGAAAUAUUUUGCCACAAGGUAUAUCGUUAAUCAAUCCAACUGCUGUAGCAAAAUCAAGUCGGCAGGAUUUGAUAGCAUUAGUAACAGAAAUUGAAAAGGCAGAUAUGUAUGUAAAAGCUAAUACAUGUAAUAAAUUACAAGUGAUCGCAGAACAGAUAAGAUUUCUGCAAAAACAAGCUGAGAGUAUCCUCUUGGAAGCAGAACAAAAUGUAAAGUUACAUCAUGCAGCUUGUAAUUUCAUAAAGCAGCCUGGUCAUACAUAUCACUUAUAUCAACGUGAAUCAGGGCAGGUUUAUUUCUCCAUGCUUAGUCCAGAGGAGUGGGGUAAUUCUGCACCAUCGCAAAGUUACAUAGGUUCUUUUAGAUUAGAACAUGAUCAAUCAUGGACUCCAGUAUCUAAAUUGCAGGCAAAAGAUAAUGAAUUAAAUCUGUUUAAAAACUUAUUAUCUUCUAAAAAUAAGAUUACAAAUACUAUUUUGCAAGAUGUUAUAGUAAAUACUAAUACUUAA